AUGCUUUGCCUCUCCUCCCUUGCUCCCUUCCUGCCUCCAGCUCUCUCAACAGCCAUGAGAUCAAGAAGCAUAGUUACUAGCUUCUUGGCACUCCACUUAUUCCUAUUUCAGAAUAUCAGCUGUGUCAGUCCUCUGUACUUUGAGCUGAAUUUCACUGAAUCGAACCACAAUGGAGCGGCCACAAUCCAGUUCCAGGAGGAUGCCUUCUACAACAAGGCGAUCAGGCUUACCAAGGAAGAGAUGGAUGGCCAAAUUGCUCACAGUGUCGGCCGAGCAGUCUUCACGGAUCCGGUAACCCUCUGGGAUAGCACCACUGGUCAGUUAGCUGACUUCACAACCCGCUUCACAUUCGUGAUAAAAGCUAACGUUACCGAUGGCUCGUAUGGUGAGGGGCUUGCCUUUUUCCUCUCACCAUACCCUUCUGUUGUCCCCAAUAAUUCCACCGAUGGUAAGCUUGGCCUCUUCGGUAGCAGUGCUGAUCAGAGUGGGACAUCCAACCAGAUCGUGGCCGUCGAGUUUGACAGCCACAAGAACGCAUGGGAUCCAGACGACAACCAUGUAGGUAUCGACAUCAAUUCCAUCAUAUCUGCAGCCAAUGUAACAUGGAAAAGUAGCAUCAAGGAUGGUAAGAUAGCAAAUGCAUGGGUAACUUACCAGGCCAGCUCCAAGAACCUGAGUGUCUUCUUGACGUACAAGGACAACCCACAAUUCAGUGGCAACUCCACCCUAUCUUAUUCAGUUGAUCUCAGAGAAUAUCUCCCAGACAAAGUGGCGAUUGGCUUCUCAGCUGCCACUGGUAAAUUGGUAGAGACUCAUCGGAUACUUUACUGGGAAUUCAAUUCUACUGAUGUGCAGCUGAGGAGUAAGAAGAUGAAAAGUGCAUUAGUCAUAAGCCUGGCUACUAGCAUAAGUGGCAUAGUCUGUUUUAUGGGAUUGGUUUGGUGCUUCCUGAGGUUUAGAAAGACUAGGAGGUUAAGAAAGGAGGAAGAAGAGAAGCUAGAAUAUGAUGAGUCCAUUGACGGUGAAUUUGAGAAAGGGAGGGGUCCAAGAAGAUUUCAGUACAAUGAACUUGUGGCUGCUACAAAGAAUUUUGCAUUGGAGAGAAAGCUCGGAGAAGGAGGAUUUGGAGCAGUUUACCAGGGUUUCUUGAAGGACCAAAACCUCAACAUUGCCAUUAAGCGAGUUGCCAAAGGAUCAACACAGGGGAAGAAGGAGUACAUCUCUGAGGUAAAGAUCAUCAGCAGGCUGAGGCAUAGGAACCUUGUGCAACUUGUGGGCUGGUGUCAUGAGCAUGGAGAGUUCUUGCUUGUGUACGAGUUCAUGCCGAACAGGAGCUUGGACACGCACCUCUAUGACAAUAGUAACAUCCUAACAUGGCCGUUGCGGUUCAAGAUCACCAUCAGCGUUGCAUCUGCCCUCCUGUACCUUCACGAGGAGUGGGAGCAAUGUGUUGUGCACCGCGAUGUCAAGCCAAGCAAUGUGAUGCUUGAUUCUUCAUUCAACGCUAAGCUUGGGGACUUUGGGCUGGCACGUCUUGUUGAUCAUGACCGGGGCUCACAAACUACAGUGAUAGCUGGCACAAUGGGUUACUUGGCUCCAGAGUGCGUCACCACUGGCAAAGCAAGCAAAGAAUCUGAUGUAUACAGCUUUGGCAUUCUUGCAUUGGAGGUUGCCUGCGGAAGGAGGCCUGUUGUACUAAAGGAAGAUGAUGAGAAGAUCAAGCUGGUUCAAUGGGUGUGGGAUCUCUAUGGAAGAAAUGAGAUACUUAAUGCAGUUGAUGGAAGGCUUGAUGGUGCAUUGGAUGAGCGUGAAGCUGUGUGCUUGAUGGUUGUGGGGCUCUGGUGUGCACACCCAGACUAUAAUUUCCGACCUUCAAUCCGCCAGGUCAUAAGUGUAUUGAAGUUUGAGGCACCAUUGCCAAGCCUUCCACCAAAGAUGCCUGUGGCAAUGUACUUUGCACCACCAAUCCAUCUUUGCAAAUUUUCAUACACCUCAUCUGAUGGAACACUGAAGGAGCUGGAGGGGUCCAACAUUUAUGGGAAGACAACAAGCUCGUCCAGUGACACCAAUGCUUCUAGUUCACCUCCCUCUAUUCAUUUACCACAGAUCGGUUACUAGGUCUGUCAGCUUCCUUUUUAUAUGCUAAAUGUGUUUACUACCGGUGGUAUUCAAAAGACACCUUAAGUUAGAGCCAAAAUACCUUUUUUGAGUUCAUCUGCAUGUUGUAAACAGUAUUGAUUCGACUGCUUGUGUAUAGACUGGCUACCUGUAGGAGGUAAGUAUAUUGUGUAUUGAAAUGCUCUUGGUAAAGACUAUUUUUAUAUACAUACAUUCUCCUAGGUGAAGCUCUGAUAUUCAUCACAUAAAUUCUCCUAGGUGAAGCUCUGACAUUCAUCUAACACCUAGACUUCCGUGCUGGUAGUUCUUAUAUUGUUCAUCAAUGAGUCAACUGCUUUUAUUUCGAAUAUUUCAUCAAUUGCGCUUGUCAAUGCAUACUGAGAUCAUGUUUUCCCUUUUUCUCUUUCCCCCCCUUUUUUCUGGGUAUGGGUAAGCUCUACUGUUGUCCUAUAUCAGGUGAAGGCCAGCUCUGGCAUGCCUACUGCCUACUGAUAAAUGAACACGCACUAUACCUGUAUCUUUUCUACUUAUCAUUGGUUUCUAAGAUAUCCUUUCCAGAUUUGCCCUGCAUGCAAGUGUUUGACAUCUUCCCUCUUUAAAAGCCAUACAGCAUAAUUUAAGGUAUAAUGCAUCAGUGACAUUGAGUAAUAAGAUGCAGGGUUCGAUGUAACACGCAAAUGGACCUUUCAUAUGAGAGGACUCAAAUUCAUCAGAGUAUCCCCUAGAGAAAAUAAGAUUUAGGCUAGAGUUGUAGUUUUGCUUCAAGAUGCAUGCACAAAGAAAAAUAGUGCAAGAGAAGUCCUCCAAGAAGAACGAGAUUAGCAUGCCAUGCGGACAAAGCGUUACAAAGUUGACAACCUUCUAUGGCAAUUUAACAAAUGGAUAAAUUUGUACUACUUGAGUUAACAGAGAAGCAAACAUUUGUUUAUAACGAUGAGGGAUAGAAGUUGUGUUGAAAAGUUCAUAGUUCUACUUUAAGUCAAUGGUGAAGGUGAAGCAAGCAUUUGUAUAUAAAGCACAACGACCUAGAAGCAGGUUGGAAAGUUAAAAAAAGUAGAUUACAUCACCCAAACAAUACUGUGGACACAAUUCUACUCACACAACAGAAAGAAAUAACUAUUAGCUGAAUAAACCAUUAAGAUUAAAAUUCAAUGUUAACUAAGGUCACCAAUUUUUGGACAUGAUGAGGCACAAUGUGAUUUAUCUGUCCACCUGAGGUCCAUCAUCAUUUGAAAUAUAACAUGAAAACACACUAGCAUUGCCACCAACUUCAUCAUGUCUCAACUGGAAAAUCCAAAAGGUCCCUUGCAAAGCACAUGAGCCAACUACCUCGUAGUUCAAAUCAUGAUUUAUCAUACUAGAUUCAGAUUCUUUAAACUUCAUCUAGUUCGAAACUGCAAUGUGAAACUUAAAUUGCACUCAUCAAACCAGGCAUAAAG